CAUGCACAUGCAGUUCAUCACACAAGAUUAAAAGUUUUCAUCUGAUCCUGAGUAUCUGCAAUACAAGUAUAAGAAAACUUAUGGACAGCUCAAGAAUGCUCUAUUUUGUGAUAAUGACUAUCAUCAUAUAUUAUAGUCAUAUAAGUUUGAGUGAAAAUGUUAAUCAUCUUGUUCUUGAUUACUACAAGGAAAAUUGCCCCAUGGUCGAAGAGAUUGUGCAACGUCAAGUUCAAAUUGCAGUUCUUAAAGAUCCAAGAAUGGCUGCUUCACUUCUUCGCUUGCAUUUCCAUGAUUGUUUUGUUAUGGGAUGUGAUGCAUCAGUGCUUCUGGACAGCUUCGAAGGUAUGGUAAGUGAGAAACAAGCAGCACCGAAUGUGAAUUCACUGCGAGGAUUCCAGGUCAUUGAUGAGAUUAAGUAUAUUCUGGAGGAGGCUUGUCCUUGUACGGUCUCUUGUGCUGAUGUUUUGGCUAUUGCUGCCAGAGAUUCUGUUGCAUUGAGAGGUGGACCUUGGUGGAAUGUUUACUUGGGAAGAAAAGACUCUUUGAAAGCCAGCUUCAAUGGAGCCAAUCAGUUCAUCCCCACUCCAAAUUCUUCUCUAGAGACUCUCAUUGCCAAUUUUAAAGUACAGGGUCUUGACAUUGGAGACUUGGUUGCUUUGUCAGGAAGUCACACAAUGGGAAAGGCAAGAUGCGUGAGCUUCAGGCAAAGAAUAUACGAGGACAUGUCUGAAGAAUCUCUAGAAUAUUAUCGCCACAGUGACAGGACAAGAAUAUUCAGAAGAGUUUUGCAGAGUAUAUGUCCGCAAUCAGGUAGAGACAAUGCAAUUGCACCACUCGAUUACAAGACUCCGACAAGGUUUGAUAAUCACUACUACCACAACAUAGUUGAAGGGAAAGGACUCCUACAAUCUGAUAAUGUGUUAGUAAGUGAAGAUUAUCAAGGGGAGAUAAGAAAGCAUGUUUGGGGCUAUGCAAAAGAUGAAGAGUAUUUCUUUCAAUCAUUUGCAAACUCUAUGAUCAAAAUGGGAAACAUCGAUCCACUAACCGGAGAGCAAGGAGAGGUAAGGAAAAGUUGUAGAAUUAAAAAUGACACUUAGCGAGGCAAUGAGAAUUGAUAGUUUUUCGGUUAGUUAGUAGCUGUUAUAAAUCUCUUUAAUUUAAUUAUGAUAGUGUUUAUAUAAAUAUAUGUAUAAUAAUAGUAUAAUCAAGACACAACUCAGAGAAUUUGAGAA